GUUGGUGACAGCGCGCUCAAUUUAACACAUCUCCCUUCUACCCAUUCGAACCUCUCGAAUCUUCCACCUCCCCGACCUGCAACGCCUUAACUACACGUCGUCGCGCCUUUCCUUCAUCGACUUUGCAGUUUCCUGUUACCCUGCGGCCCAUUGGGAUUUCCUUUGCGACUUUCAUCAACUUACCCACCCCUUUCUCUUCUCCGCAUCCCACGCGCGCUUCUAUCCACAAUGGCCGACCAAGUCAAGGAGAUCCUCGAGGUUCCCUCCGAGUUCGCUCAGGAAGGUGUUCAGUUCAUGAGAAGGUGCACCAAGCCCGACAAGCUCGAGUUCCUGAAGCUCUGCCAGGCCGUCGGUGUCGGUUUCCUCAUCAUGGGUGCUGUCGGCUACAUCGUCAAGCUGAUUCACAUUCCCCUUAACAACAUCCUUGUCGGAGGCGCAUAAACGCCAUGUAUCUACCUGUCAAUGGAAGCACCGAUAUGUCGGGCCAGCUUCUCGAACACGUUCACGUCGACACGUGACGACCAAACAUGAUUUUAAACGCAGGGAUGGGUCUCAAAAGCAUUGCACGGGCAGAUUGCAGAAGCGGCGCAGCAACACUUGGAAGAGGUGCUGUGCGGGAGUGAUGGGAGAUACCCCGAGACCAAAGAGGCUUCAUCGAUCAUGUAUCAUUGCCAAAAGAGGGGUGGGACAUGUGUGGAAGAUGUACAAAAUAAUUAAAAUAAUCAUCCCACAGAGCUUUCCAAAAGUGAUCCGGUUCCUGACGAGAAGUAACUAGCUUUGGAAUGAUUCGCCAACGGGGCGCAGCUUCUCGUCGACAUUGCGACCCAUUGGCGGCUCUGCCUCGUCAUCUUCGGCUUCAUUGUACGAAUGCAGCGUGCAGGUCCCGUGAGCCAUGUUGAAUCCGUU